AUGGGCCUGGAGCAGAGCCACGGUGGGGAGGACGAAGGAGACGUUGUUGAUGUUGGCGACGGUCUUGGUCCCGUUCACGCAGGUCGGGCAAGGGUUGAUUCCGACGCCGAUUGCGAAGAGGAGGGAGUGGUCGACGGUUUGGGGCACGGCGGCGGGGUAAUUUGGGGAAUUGAGGCUCCUGAGUCCGCCGGCGAAGGCGGCGGUGACGGCGGUGGCGUUGAUUGGUGGAGUGGCGGUGAGGUGCGGUGGGGAAAAGGGUUGGAUCCCCUUGUAGCGGAGGAAUCCGACGGCGGUGGCGUUGUCGACGGGGACGACCGUGUCCAUGAAGGGGGAAACGGCGAUUGUGUAUUUUCCGGCGGUUUGGUCGGCGGUGAGGAGGGCGUUUGUGGUUUGCCCCGGCCCGAGGAAGAUUGUGUCGGUGGUGAAGGGCUUCGUGUAGGCGGCGUCGGUUUCGACGACGGUGAGUUUGUGGCCGGCGAUUUUGAGGAAGAGCUCGUCGUUGACCGCCGCGUUUACUAUCCGGAGCAGGUAGGUUUUUCCAUUUGCGACGUGGAGACUGUACCCUGCACGCGCCGUGAGGAACCUUUGGAAGGUAAAUUACAGAAAUGA